CCCUAAACCCAUUUCCAGUGAUGAACAAGGGUUUCACUUGGGAUGGAUUGGACGGCGGCGGUGCUGUGGCCGUGGUGCAAUCGCCCUGGGAAUUCUCCGGCUACGCAAAGGCUAGCGAGCAGGAGCAUCGCGAGCGCAACACCACGUCCAUCGAUCACAAGAUCAAGCAGCGCCUCAAUGCGGGUAAGCAGCUUGCUAGGAAUCAGGACAGCGACGAGGCAGAGGAGGAACUUCUGGAACGCGCAUGGGCCAAAGGCAGAAGCGUUGCUCGGAAGAGAAAUAGAGACAUUGCCAGUGAGGGGAAUAUUAGCGAUGAAAGCGGUGUAGAGGAGGAUGAAGGUGCUCAAGAUUCUGAUGAAGAGGAGGGAGAUGAUCUAGACGAGGAAAUUGACGAAGAUGAUAUAGAGCAGGAUGAUGAAGAAGAGGAUGUGGACCAGGACGGUGAAGAGGAAAAUGACGAUGAGCAGCGGGAAGAAGAUCGCGGACAAGACUCUACUGACGAAGAUGAGAAAGAACAACUUGAUCACAGUCAGCGAAAGAAAAGUCUCGAUUCGAAAAAAGAGAAGCCUGCAAAAGCCGGGAAUACCAACAAAAAGCCGCAGUUUUUUUCUUCUAACCAUGGUGCUUCCUUCAACGCAUCGUCUUUCAUAGAACUCAACGUCUCACGGCCUCUUUUACGGGCUUGCGACGCUCUUGGCUACCGCCAGCCCACUCCUAUUCAGGCAGCUUGCAUCCCACUAGCUCUUGCCGGAAGAGACAUUUGCGGCAGUGCUGUGACUGGUUCGGGGAAGACGGCGGCAUUUGCUUUGCCUAUCCUGGAAAGGCUUCUGUUUAGACCCCGACGUAUACCGGCUAUACGGGUUCUUAUCAUCACUCCAACGAGGGAGCUGGCAGUACAGCUCCAUAGCAUGAUUGAAAAAUUGGCACAGUUCACAGAUAUUAGAUGCUCUCUAGUCGUAGGUGGUCUUUCAAGCAAGGUACAAGAAGUAGCUCUUCGAACACAUCCAGACAUUGUAGUUGCCACCCCGGGUCGUAUGAUUGAUCAUUUGCGAAAUACACAAUCCGUUGGCCUCGAAGAACUUGCAAUUUUGGUACUGGACGAAGCUGAUCGUUUGCUAGAACUCGGUUUUCGAGAAGAAAUACACGAGCUGGUGAAACUAUGUCCUUCCAGACGACAGACAAUGCUCUUUUCGGCUACGAUGACGGACGAAGUAUCUGAAUUGAUCAAGCUCUCACUGAAAAGUCCAGUCAGGCUGUCAGCCGAUCCGUCAACUGAGCGUCCUUCGACGCUCACCGAAGAAGUGAUCAGAAUCCGGGCUGGGCAUGAAGGAGAUAAAGAGGCUAUAGUACUUUCCCUGUGCUCACGGUCACUUAAGUCGAAAACAAUCAUUUUCAGUGGCACGAAGGUGGAGGCUCAUCGCCUCAAAAUACUGUUUGGUCUGUCGGGUUUAAAAUCAGCUGAGCUCCAUGGGAAUCUAACACAAGCUCAACGGCUAGAGGCAUUAGAAGCAUUUAGGAAGCAGGAGGUAGACUUUUUGAUUGCUACGGAUGUGGCUGCUCGUGGACUCGACAUUAUAGGCGUUGAAUCGGUGAUAAACUUAGAGUGUCCCAAGGAAAUCAAAACUUAUGUUCAUCGAGUAGGACGAACUGCUCGAGCUGGGAGACAUGGCCGUUCAGUCACUUUGAUGACUGAACAAGACCGUCUGCUUUUGAAGGCUGUGGCUAAAAGAGCUGGAUCCAAACUCCAGAAGCGGGUUGUCGCUGCUACAUCCAUUGCAUCGUGGCGUGAGCGCAUUGAAAAGAUGGAAGAAGAUCUAGUUCAGAUACUUCAACAAGAAAGGGAAGAGAAGUUUUUGAGGAAAGCGGAGAUGGAAGCUAACAAGGCACAGAACAUGAUGGACUACGAGGCAGAAAUAUUUGCGCGGCCCAAAAAGACGUGGUUUCAGUCUCAACAAGACAAAACACGCAUUGCCAAGGAAGCCAAGGGGCCAGCGCUGAAAAAGAAGGCUAUUAGUGUUGACGAAGGCGAGGAGCUUCAAAAGAAAGAGAAGCGGAAAGCCGAAACAGAGAAAGCCUUACCACGUAAGAAGCGCCGGCGCUUAGAAGCCGCCAGAGAGACGGCAGAGGAAGGCGCUGAUGAAGACGAAAACCAGCAUAGAAAGGGAGGAGGAAAGAAGAACAAGAACAACCCCGGUACAUCUCUUGUGGACAUCGGCUACAGGCGUGCAAAGGCUGUGAAAGCUGCGGAGAAGGCGAGACAGGAAGGGAGAUUUACCCCUAGCAAGAAGAGCUCUGAUGACAGGAAGAGGAAGAAGAAGAAAAAGGAUCCUGAGGAUGAAAUGGUGAGAUCGUCUAAACCGGAGGCUGGUGCUUCCAGACGUGAUGCUACGAACAAGAGGCCCAAGAGAAAACCUGGUGUGUCCAAGCGCUCGUUCAAAAGCAAAGCAAGGUACAAACGACGCCGGAAAUAAAACUUGAGUUUAAACUUGUAAGCAAAACAUGAUCUUGUCGUGGUCAAGCAUCUUGCGAAGAAAUUUAUAUUUUUUGUGGAAUUAGUGUCAAAAUUCUUUUAUUGUGAAGCGCUAAA